CAGAGGGGUGACCGGUAGAUGUGUGUUUUAGCGUCUCUGUUUAUGAUUAAAUAACAUUUACUUUCGACGUUGUAUGCAUUAAUGCAAGUGAAAACAGCGUGGGACCGUAUCCGUUCUGUCGGGAAAACCGGUUAGCUAGCUUUUUACAAAUAAUAAUUCCUCGUUUUGGUCAUCCAGUUGAUCAGACGUGUCGGUCUUGUUGAUUUCAUCUCGAUAGCUGGCUGGCUAGCCAUUUUCAGAUAAAGAAGGGCGAUCAACGUGGAUUAAUUGGACUAGCUACCUACAGUACGAUGAGUACCUUGGAUUCUGUGGAUCGAGUUGAACUGUGCGAGAGCCUUUUGACAUGGAUCCAAACGUUUGGGUUGGAGGCACCAUGCAAAACAGUGGAAGAUCUCACAAGUGGGAUUGUCAUGGCCCAGGCCCUACAGAAAAUAGACAUUGUGUAUUUCACUGACAACUGGAUCAGUAGGAUCAAGCCUGAGGUGGGAGAUAACUGGCGACUAAAGAUCAGUAAUCUGAAGAAGGUGUUGAAAGGCAUACUGGACUACAACCAGGAGGUCCUUCAACAGCAGAUCAAUGACUUCACCCUGCCAGACAUCAACCUGAUAGGAGAACACUCAGACGCUGCAGAGCUGGGCAGGAUGCUACAACUCAUACUGGGCUGUGCUGUCAACUGUGAGCAGAAACAAGAAAACAUCCAGACCAUAAUGAUGCUGGAGGAAUCUGUUCAACAUGUUGUCAUGACAGCCAUUCAAGAGCUGAUGAGCAAAGAGUGUCCAGUUAUUGGAGGAAAUGAAUUGUACGCUGACAUCGAUAGACAGCUGAAGAAGACGGUGGAGGAUCUGAAUGACGCUCUAGUCACCAAGGAGGAGAUCGCACAGAGAUGUCACGAGCUGGACAUGCAGGUGGCAGCGCUACAGGAGGAGAGGGGUAGUCUCCUGGCUGAGAACCAGAUCCUCAUGGAGCGUCUCAACCAGUCUGACUCCAUAGAAGACCUGAACAGCCCUGUAGGACGCAGACACCUGCAGCUACAGACACAGCUAGAACAGCUCCAGGAGGAGACCUUCAGGCUGGAGGCAGCGAAGGAUGACUAUCGUAUCCGCUGUGAGGAGUUGGAUAAGGAGUUAACGGAGCUGAGAGGACAGAAUGAAGAGCUCACCUCCCUGGCUGACGAGGCCCAGUCACUGAAGGACGAGAUGGACGUACUCAGACACUCGUCAGACAAGGUGUCCAAGCUGGAGGUCAUGGUGGAGUCGUAUAAGAAGAAGCUGGAGGACCUGGGAGAUCUGAGGAGACAGGUGAAGCUGUUGGAAGAGAAGAACACCAUGUACAUGCAGAACACUGUCAGUCUGGAGGAAGAAGUACGCAAGGCCAACACCACGAGAGGACAGCUGGAGUCCUACAAGAGACAGGUGGUAGAGCUGCAGAACAGGCUGUCUGAGGAGUCUAAAAAGACAGACAAGAUGGAGUUUGAAUACAAGAGACUCAAGGAGAAGGUGGACUCUCUCCAGAAAGAAAAGGAGCGUAUGAGGUCAGAGAGAGACUCUUUGAAGGAGACCAUUGAGGAGCUGCGUUGUGUUAAGGCUCAGAAGGAACAACUCUCUACAGGCAUGGUUCCACUCGACAGUAACAAGGGCUCUGAUUCGCUGGCUGCAGAGAUCGUCACCCCAGAGAUCCGAGAGAGGCUGAUCAGACUGCAGCAUGAGAACAACAUGUUGAAGCUGUCCCAGGAGGGUUCUGAUAAUGACAAGAUCGCUCUGCUGCAGAGUCUGCUGAGGACGGGGGGGACAACUCAAUACAUUUGA